GCGGCACCACCCGUUCAACGGCCGGCGCUCAUCCAACCGUGGCGGAGCACCAGCCAGUAUAUUAUACCCCCACUAAGUAACCACUGCGUUAAUCGAACAUCCUCAACACCGCCAUAUACGUCAAUAAUCGUUCCUGAAUUACUCCCCAAAUUCUGAACACAAUGGCUCCCCACGCAAAUUCGGAUGUUGCUGCCAAUGGCGCCGUGAACGGGUCCGCCCAUGCUGCUCGCGCCCCUCUGUUUACCGUCAACUCGCCCAAUGUCGAGUACACCGACAAUGAAAUCAAGAGUAGCUAUGCUUAUCAUACUACCGAUAUCACCCGCGCCGCGGAUGGUAAGCUUGUCGCCACCCCCAAGGCGGCCAACUAUCAGUUCAAGGUCGACCGUCAGGUCGGCAAAGUUGGUCUGAUGAUGGUCGGCUGGGGUGGUAACAACGGUUCCACCGUGACUGCUGGUAUUAUCGCCAACCGCCAGAACCUUACUUGGGAGACCAAGGAAGGUCCGCGUGCUGCCAAUUACUAUGGUUCUCUUGUCAUGAGCUCUACUAUCAAGCUUGGAACCGACUCCAAGACCGGCGAGGAGAUCAACAUUCCCUUCAAUGACAUGCUGCCCAUGGUCCACCCCAAUGAUCUUGUCAUUGGCGGCUGGGACAUCAGCAGCAUGAACCUUGCUGACUCCAUGGACCGUGCCCAGGUCCUUGAGCCUACUCUCAAGCAGCUUGUUCGCAAGCAGAUGGCCGAGUUGAAGCCCCUGCCCAGUAUCUACUACCCUGACUUCAUCGCUUCCAACCAGGAGGACCGUGCCGACAACGUCCUCGAGGGUUCUAAGGCUACCUGGGCUCACGUGGAGAAGAUCCAGGCCGACAUUCGCAACUUCAAGGCUGAAAAUAAUCUCGACAAAGUGAUUGUCAUGUGGACUGCCAAUACUGAGCGUUACGCCGACAUCGUCCCUGGUGUCAACGACACCGCUGACAACCUUGUGAACUCCAUCAAGACUGGUCACGCUGAGGUCUCCCCCUCGACUGUCUUCGCGGUUGCCUGUAUCUUGGACAAGACUCCUUUCAUCAAUGGAUCCCCUCAGAACACCUUUGUUCCCGGUGCUCUUGACCUCGCUGAGAAGCACAAUGCCUUCAUUGGUGGUGACGAUUUCAAGUCUGGCCAGACCAAGAUGAAGUCUGCUCUAGUUGACUUUCUGAUCAACGCUGGUAUCAAACUUACUUCGAUUGCCAGCUACAACCACCUUGGUAACAAUGACGGCAAGAACUUGAGCUCUCAGAAGCAGUUCCGUUCCAAGGAGAUCUCCAAAUCCAAUGUUGUCGAUGACAUGGUUGCUGCCAACCACAUCCUGUACGAGAAGGAUGAGCACCCCGACCACUGUGUUGUGAUCAAGUACAUGCCUGGUGUUGGUGACAACAAGCGUGCUCUGGAUGAGUACUACGCGGAGAUUUUCAUGGGCGGCCACCAGACCAUCAGCCUGUUCAACAUCUGCGAGGAUUCUCUGCUUGCCUCUCCUCUCAUCAUCGACUUGGUUGUUCUUGCCGAGAUGAUGACUCGUAUCAGCUGGAAGGCGGAUGACGCCGCUGAAUACAAGGGCUUCCACAGCGUCCUCAGCGUGCUGAGCUACAUGCUCAAGGCUCCCUUGACUCCUCCUGGCACCCCAGUUGUCAACUCCUUAGCCAAGCAGCGCAGCGCUCUGACCAACAUCUUCCGUGCCUGUGUUGGCUUGCAGCCUGAAUCCGACAUGACUCUUGAGCACAAGCUGUUCUAGAGCCGCACCCGGAACUCUUUUUGCGGGAUAAUUCCACGCAAAUUGUGCCCUUCCGUUCGCCAACUAUAGCCACUCGUUGAAAUGCAUUGAACACAACCAGAUUGAUCUACGUGAUUACAGAUGUUCCCGUCUAGUUUUGUAGAUCUUCCUUCGUAACCGUAGGCUCAAUAACUUUACCGCUGGCUGCGGGGACGAGUAUCCCUACAACAUGACUGCAGAGGAGGAUCCUCCUUGGAGUUUUAUCAACGGAAUUGAGAGUUCUGCACUCCGGGCACAUCUUCUUUCUCUUCAAAACGUACCAGGAACUAACAAUCAACCCCCGGGGUUCCUCUUAGCCCACUUGAUUCCGCAUCCUAGUCGUAAUAUCCAC